CACUACUAUUCUCCUCAUGCGCCUUCACUGACCAUGCCUAGCAUACCUCCAUCAAGUAUUAGUCCCUACCAUGCUCGCGUCAUCCGCACUUUUCGGCCGAGGGAAAAGUUAUGAGAACCCUGCUGAUGCUUCCACUUAAUUCUUCUGUUUUUCUUAUACCCUAUUCCACUGAACUUCUUAGUCUAUCCUAAUCUAAGUUCUCUUAUUCUUAUUAUUGAUUUUGACUUCAUUUGUGUCUCUCUUUCCACACUCUCUAUUUCUCCUAUAUUUUUAUUAUUUUAAUGUUCUUGCGCAUUCUACUUCCUUUCUUUUCUUUCCCAGCCUCCCUGUACCAUUCUAUAAUUUCUUCCUUACUCUGCCACUAUAUCCUGUUUCUUUCUAAUUCAAUUCUAUUCAUUCCUUUGCAUUAGGUGUCUUUAUUCCGUGUUAAGUGUCUUAUUUUUCCUUACGUAUCAUCCCCUCAGGGGAAUUACUAUUUAUGCUAUGGGUUCCGUGAUCCGUUUCCUCGUAGCAGUUAUUGGCAGACGUAGAGAAACAAAAACUGGUAAAUUGCAUCCUCCCUUCUUUUUAUUCUUUCAGCAUCUUCCAGAAUCUCGUGCUCGCUUUCUCCGAACUGAUCCAUUUAUGCUCUGCCAGUAUCCCAUAAAACUCAAUGGUAGAUGUGGUACUCAAAACGAUUAGAUAUCUUCAUGAUUAAAAUCAAAUGCUCUUGCAGUAUCUCAGACAAGAAUAUUUGUACAGUUUUCAAUCUACAGUUAAAAUCUGUUUAAUUGUAUUGAAUUAUUCGCCAGCUCUCAUAAAUUAUUUAUCAUUUUGUUUGCCAAAUAUUCUCGUAUGAGAUAUUGUAGGAGUAUCUGAUUUUAGUCAUAAAGGUAUCUAAUCGUUUUAAGUACCGAUUAACGUCCCCAGAAAAUUUGCUUUCUAGAUUAGAAUUUUAUUUUUAGUAAAUUCUCAUGAAACCUUGAACUUUGCUCCUUAUCAAAAUAGACUUUUCUCUGACAAUGUUAAGAGAGAAAAACACCUUCAAAGCAUUUUCGUUAUCUUUUACAGAGUUCACAAAAAUACACUUGUCUAUACUUUUAUGUCUAAGAAUAUGUCACAAAUAACACAAGACCAACAAAGAAGCUUCUCUCAUUCCCCAAAAUCAUGCUUUUCUAGAAGAAUUACGUAGCGGAUAUUGCAAAAAUAAUUUUGUGUUAUCGAGUGUAAUAUUAGUUUAAUUGCGGAAGGGAGCUCAGGACUGGUUAUUCUUUAACAUCCGCCAAUUUUGAUUCUCUGAAACGACUUCUUGAAACUUUCUCGACCGAAGAGUGUCACAAGUGCUUUUUAAUCGCCUCACGUGUUUUCCUCCGAUUCUUUCGAAAUCGGUGAUGUCACCUGAUUAACACCGGUUAACGCAUUUCGAGUUCCUCUUCUUCUUCUUUUUUCUUUAUUUCUCACCGCUGUUUCUCGAUUCUUCCGGUUUCAUUAGAAACAACGCAGUAGCCCCUCUCCUUUUUUCCCCAGGCCGUGUAUCGAAGAUCCAUGACGUAAUCGCGAGCACCGGCUUUUCCGAUCUGUCGAUACCUCGAUUACGUAAUUUGUGCAUUAUGCGAUAUUUCGCGUUCACCUUUUGCGAUAGUCACGUGGCUUUUCGUGUCGAAAGAUUCUUUGAUAAACGACAAAAAUAUGAAGACAACGUAACUUACCGCAGCACUCACUGCUGUCGAUUAGCAGAAUACGAAGUUGUUCAUAUUAAUCGCGUUUGAGGUUUACCUGUUCUGCUCAGGCCGGGAAAUUACGUUCGGUUUUUUCCUCGCUUCAAGGCCUUGCCAAGGAAAAUGGUCAAAAGUUAUGGCCAGUUUCGAAACCGAGCAUUAAUUCUUAUGAAAUAAUUCAGAUAAUAAUGAGAAUAAUUGACGAAGGGAAUUCGUAUGAAAUAAAUGAAAUAAUUCAGGAACUUAACUGAUCAGAGUUAAGAGCCCUUGUAUGAGCCCUUAGAAAAAAACAGUGAUGAAGUAUUGAAAUUUUAGGUUGUUAGAUAUUAUAUUAAUAAAACGUGCAAAAUUGUAAUUAUGCAAAAUCUUAAUCUGACCCAAAAUACAUCGCAUUCUUCGAGACAAUUUUUUCUAGAAUUUAUAAACAAUGUACAUAAUUGCAAGUCAGAUAAAAAAAUGUCGUUAGUCCUAUGUAAAUUGUUAUUGCAUAAUCGAUAUUCGUCACUGAAACGAUUCAAUAAUUUCAUGCUAAAAUACGAUAAUCGCAGUCGGCGAUAAUUAUGUUACUUAGAUAUAUUAUUAGACUGAGAAAUUUAUGGAUUUAUGGAAAAAUUGUACAUAUUGAGAAUGUAUUCAACAUGUACGUACUAAAAUAGUCCAUAUUAUUGUCUGUGAAGGACAAAAGAAGUUCUUAUCAAGAUUGAAUUUUUUAAGUUAGCAUUGAAAAUGCUUUUGAUUUGUAUAAAACCUCGCAGUCUGGAUAUCAUUGAAAAUGUGUAAUAGACAAAGUUCUCUGCUUCUCAAUGAAAAAUAACUCGGUCUAAUCAAAUUAUCACCGUAUCAGUUGAAAGCUGAUUUAUAGCAUUUUAAUAAGUGCUUCGGUCGGUCGUAUUGAAGAUCCGGAAUUCGCAGCUGGUUCGAGCGAUUAGCCGAUUUCUAACUCGAUCGGAAGAUUUUAGAACUUUAUCCCAACGGUUGCAAGCAAAUCCAAAGGCAACCAUGCCGACCGUACACGCGUGCCUGCCGUUCGUUACGUGGAACACAAAAUUGCUGAAGAAAUCGUCAAGGCCGACCUGGGUCAGCCUGAGGCUGGGUAGCGAUCAGAAGGGUGUGCUUGCGCCAAAGGACGAGGUGGUCAGGUUCAUCAGCGAUUGUAUGCGGAAAGCCGGCGCGAAAUCCGACGACGGUCACAUCGUCGGGCAUCACUUGAUGACCGCCGACUACCGCGGUCACUUCAGCCAUGGCAUGAACAGGCUCACGCUCUACGUGAAAGACCUUGAAAGUGGAAUGACCGAUGCCAAGGCCGAGCCAGAAGUCGUCAAAGAUUGUAAGGCCGUGGCGCUGGUCAGCGGGAACAAUGCCCUCGGUCAGGUGAUCGGUAACUUCUGCAUGGAAUUGGCCAUAAAGAAGGCCAAGAAAUUCGGCAUAGGAAUGGUAAGCGCACGUGGCUCGAACCAUUACGGCAUCUGCGCGUACUACACGAGCAUGGCCAUCGAGCAACAGCUCAUAGGCUUUACCUGCACGAACACCAGCCCCUUGAUGGCCCCUACUCGUAGCAAAAAGUCGGCUCUUGGGACGAAUCCUUUGUCCCUUGGAAUGGGCGCCAAAUGCGGUGAUGAAUUUCUCCUUGACAUGGCCACCACAGCCGUAGCGUUAGGGAAAAUCGAGUUAGCUGUCAGGAAAAAGGAAAAUAUACCUGAAGGAUGGGCGCUUGGAAGCGAUGGGAAAGUCACUACCAACUCCGAAGAAGCGUUCAAGGCUGCCACUCUGAUGCCUCUCGGAGGGGAGGAACGGAAUUCGGGUUACAAAGGUUACGGUCUGGCACUAAUGGUCGAAGUACUUUGUGGUAUUCUAUCUGGCUCGCAGUUUGGACCUAACAUCAGAAAAUGGACAGACAAAAAGAAGAUAGCAGAUCUUGGCCACUGUUUCAUGGCCAUAGAUCCAGAAGCUUUUGGCUGUGGGUCGAAGGCCAGGUUGACUGAGCUGCUUCAACAGUUGAGGGAGUUGCCUAAAAUCGGUGACAAGCCUGUCCUAGUUCCUGGCGAUCCGGAAAGGGCGCAUAUGAUGAAGGUUGAUAAGGAAGGUGGGAUAGAGUAUCAUGCUAACAUGAUAAUAGCCUGCGAGGAGUUGGCUAAGCACAUGGGUGUCAAGCCCAUGAAACUCAUUGCUAAGAAAAAUUAGAAACUUGCUCGAUUCGAAUUCAUUUCAGAGUUCGUUUUUUAUGCUAAGGGUCCAAGAUUCAUCGUAGUCUGCGAAUGAUAUGUGCGUACGAAUUACUAUUAUUUACGCACGAGUUAUUAACAAUUCGACUACGUCAGUUGGUGACAUAUUUCUAUCAGCUUGUCCAGCUAAUCUAAACUUUCGACGUAGCAUGGAACUGAUUUCGAAUGCAAGUUCAUGCACUUAGCACUGGGUUUCUAAUUACCACUGGAAAUUGAAACGUCAACUCAGAUACCACGAAAUUCUUCGACAAUUUUUAUUUGUAUUACCAUUUUUAGAUCUGUUUAUAUAAUAAUUUUUAGACUUAUUUGUAAAACAAUUUUAAAGUCAUUUAUAUGACCAUUUUAAGAAUAUUUAAUAAUCUUUACUUAUCAAAUACUUGGACGAGUUUACAAAUUUUUAUAUUAU